UCUGCGCAUGCGUGUGAGCGAGCGCUGUGCGCGAAGGUGGGGAAGAAUCUCGAGAAAACACUACGUUUAGGAAGAAUGUUACAUCGUUUGCAAGUUGCUUAAAUUUUUCACAAUUUAGAAUUACUUAGUUUCAUAUAUAUAUAUAAAUAUAUUCGCUAAAAUGUCAAGAAAGAACGCCCUAGGACCAGAAAACUUCCGGAUGAGUGAUAAUGAGCGCCUCAUGCGGACGCACGAGGCAGUGGUCGAUUUUAUAAAUGAUAGACCUGGAAACAGCUUUUUAGAUGCCUUAAGUUUUGGUUAUAGCUUUGACCUGGACCGGUUUGGAUCUCGGUUUACGGGCCAUGAGGCUUCAUCUGAUGAGGAUUAUUAUGAUGACGAUGAUAGUUAUGCCGUUCGUACAAACAACAGAUAUUGUGGCUUUUCUCGCAACUUCCUUGAAAGAGAACUACCAAAACCCUCCAAGCAUAUAACAGCCGAGGAAGCAGAAAGAAAUGCGAAAGAGCUGGUGGAUGAAGAAGAAAAACUUAAGAAAAAGGCAGAAAAGAAAAAACUGAAAAAGAUGAGACAGAAGGAAAGACGUCGGCUGGAAAAAUUAGAAAAAGAGAACGCAGAUAAAGAAAAAAAUAAACCGGUUCAAGUCGACCCUGGACCGGAAAAGACUAAACAUGCUGAUAAGAAUGAGAACAAAAUUAAAAACAAAAACUGUUCGCCUGUGCCUGCUGCUCCUAAGUGUCCCUCAGCACCUGUGGAGAGCAGUGAUAGCAGCAGUCAGGACAGCGAAGAUGAUAACGACGAAGAAUCAGCUAUGGAACCAGAGGAGCUUGACAUGAAUAGCUGCUUUGUGUCGAAUGCAGCCGCUAUCGCCAAACGCAAACUGAAGCAAAAACCCAAACCUGACAAACACGCUCAAGCCAACUCAAGUAAACCGCGCGGCUCGGAGCAGAAAGACACCACUCCACCACAAAAACAGAUUGAUAUCAAGGAGGAGACUGUCAGUGCAGAUGACUUGAUUACGAGAAGCAUGGAGUUGGCAGUCGUAGGAAACCAGUAUGCCGCUUCAGGAAACCUGGAAAUGGCUGUGAAAUAUUUUACAGAUGCUAUAAAACACAAUCCCAAAGAGUAUAAAUUAUUUGGGAAUCGUUCUUUCUGUUAUGAAAAGAUGCUGCAGUAUGAGAAAGCUUUAAAUGAUGCUGAUAUUGCUCUUUCUAUGAACCCCAAGUGGAUUAAAGGUCUUUACAGAAAAGGCAAAGCUCUUGUAGGACUGAAGAGAUACUAUGAAGCCAGAAUUAUAUAUAAUGAAGUGUUAAAACUGGACAGCACGUGUAAGGACGCAGCCGAGGAGAUGAUGAGGGUGCAGCUCAUGCAGCUCAUGGAAAUGGGACUCACUAAAGAGCAGAGUUCAAACGCCCUUAUUCUUCAUGGAACUGUAGAAAAAGCCUUAGAAAGUUUCUCUGGCCUGUCAGGUUUAAUCCCCGUCCUAGUGCCCAAAGAACAUGAGUUUAAGUCCGUAAAGCAAAACCCACAACCCCCGGCUAAUUUCCCUCUCAGACCACUUCCUCAUUAUCAGCCUCGUUUCAGUAUGCCAACCACUUCUCCAGAUCAUCGUCAUCCUCGAGAGUUAUUCCCCAUCUGGGUCGGAGAUCUGGCGCCUUCCAUAACAGAGCCAAAAAUUUAUGACUUAUUCAGAUCUGUUGGGAAUGUCCAUAGUGUAAGAGUGUUACAAAUGAGACACUGUGCAUUUGUUAACUACACCAGGAAGGAGGACUGUGAGAAAGCCAUAGAAGCUUUUCAUGGUUAUGCCAUUGAUGGAAGAACUCUAGUGGUGCGUUAUCCAGAUAGGAUUCACACACGUCUUGGAGUGUCCAGAGAUGCAUCUACAGAUUCCCCAGGGAAGAAUGGCAAACAGCCCGAUGAAUGUUAUUUUUGGAGGACAAAUGGCUGCAUUAAGAAUGGCUGCACUUACAAGCAUAUACCAGAAAACAAAGGCAUUGACCAAGUCAAAUCACACCCCUGACUCCCUGCACACAGACAGAGAUUUAAUCAUCUCAAUCACUCUAAUUAGUUGGAUACAGUAAAAAUUCACAUGCAUAAAAUGUCAGCGUGGGGCUUUGGUGUUUGUUUUGCUCAUUCUUUUGAAUAUUUAAUAGUUUCUGUUUUAAAAAAUGUCUUAACAUCAGCCAGUACACAAAGACGAAGAGUUUACAUUUUGGACAAUGGUGGCUGCAUUUGAAUCUAUUUCAUUUCAUCUUAUUUUAUUUUUAUUUCGUCCCACACCAAAAUGCAUUCCUUCUAAUCAUGUCAGUUAUUGGAUUUAAUGUCUUUCAAGGCAUAAGGCCGUAAAAAAUUUAAUGAUUGGCCACUGCAGAAUUUAAUUUUAUUUUUUACAUAGCUGCUGGGGUGAAAAUAUUUGCCUUUUUGACCCUAGUUUUAAACCUUAAGUAUUGUUACAUUUUGAGAGGUUUUAUUUGGACUUCUUAUCUGCAGGUUUUAACCUGCUUGUGUAAAAGCUGAAAUGUCUAAAGUUAAAACAAUUGAAAUUCGUCAAUAACUUUUGAUGUACAGGGCCACUUCUGCUGUAGAGAUUAUCUGAAGGAGGUAAAAAAAAAUAAAUGGACUGUAGUUGCAAUUGAUCUCUGUAAAGCAAUGUAAAAUGAAAUAAAAUGCACUCUAAAAAUGGG